AUGAAGCAAAGAGUGUCUUCCUUGGAUUUAAAGAUCUUGGUUUCCGAGUUGGAGCAAUCUUUAAAAGGGUACAGACUUCAAAAUGUUUACAACUUGACAUCAAACAAUAGAUCCUUUUUGUUGAAAUUCAGUAUUCCAGAUUCUAAGUUUAAUGUUGUGUUGGAAUCUGGAUUCAAAGUUUAUAUGACAGACUUUCAGAGGCCAACACAACCUGAACCAUCGAAUUUUACAACCAAGCUAAGGAAGCAUUUGAAAACCAAAAGGCUGACGAAUAUAAAGCAAGUUGGAGACGACAGAAUUGCCGUCUUAGAGUUCAGUGAUGGGUUUUAUUAUCUUGUUUUAGAAUUUUUCAGUGCAGGAAAUAUUAUUCUGCUAGAUUCCGACUUGAAGAUCCUGUCACUUUUCAGAUUCGUGGACACUUCGGGAAAUGUACAAAAAUGCCAGUAUGAUGUUGGCGGAACUUACACAAUGUUUGACAAGUCGUUAUUUGAGGAGGAUUCUGUCACUUUUCAUAAUGCUUCAUUCAAUCAGGAAAUGAUUCUUAACUGGAUAUCGAGAUCUAAACAAGCUGAUAAGGAAAAGAAAAAGAUUUUUUCCAUUGAAAAACUAUGUUUCAAUCAUGCCUCCUAUCUGUCAUCUGAUUUAAUUCAUAUCUCUUUGUUGCAAAAUGAUGUUAAGCCAUCGACAAGUUGUUUGGAAUUACUAGAAAAUGAGAAUCUUUUGAGUACCACCGUCAGAUCUCUAAACGAGACGCAAGCUAAGUUCAAUACUCUUCUUGAAACACCAGUUGGUGAAAUCACAGGAUAUAUUUUGAGCUUGAAGAAUCCUUUAUUCAAAAAUGAUCAAGAACCCUCCACGGAGAACUUGGAAUAUGUUUAUCACGAAUUUCAUCCAUUUGAGCCUAUCCAUAAAAUAAAGGAUAACGUUAAGGUAGACACUGUUAAGGGGUACAACAAAACUGUUGACAAAUUUUUCACUACCUUGGAAAUGUCCAAAGUUUCAUUGAGUCGUCAAAAUCAACAGGCAAAUAUUGAAAAAAGGUUGCAGUUUGUGAAAGAUGAGCAUGCAAAGAAACUACAGGCAUUAGACGACGUUCAAGGUUUAAAUUAUAGAAAAGGUUAUUUGAUCAACUUGUACAAUGAGCAAAUUGAACAAUGUAAAGAAGCAGUCCAAAAGUUAAUUGAUCAAAAGAUGGACUGGAAGAACAUUGAAAAAUUAAUAAAGGUGGAACAGACUAGAGGCAAUGAAAUUGCCAAAAUGAUCAAAUCGUUAAACUUGCUAAAAAAUGAAAUUACCGUUUCUUUAGUCGAUGAAGAGCAUUUACUUGAAACUAAAUCUGACACUGACGAAGACGAUUCUCGCUGGAGCUCAGAUGACUCUGAUUCGGAUUCUGAUUCGGAUUCUGAGAUAAAAACAGAAGCCAAAAAGAGCGUGAAAGCUACCAAAAUGCACGUCAAUACAAUUGACGUAAUCAUAGAUAUAACCCAAUCUGCGUUUGCUAAUUCAUCAAGGUAUUUCGAUAUAAAAAAAAGUGCAAAACAAAAGCAGGAAAAGACUGCAAAAAGUGCUGUCUUGGCAAUAAAAAGCAGUGAGCAGAAGAUUUUGCAAGAUCUGAAAAAAAUUGAAAAGGAAGCCAAGCAAAACGUCGAAUUCAAGCAGCUUCGUCCAAAGUACUGGUUUGAAAAAUUCUUUUGGUUUAUUUCAAGCGAAGGCUACUUAUGUAUUGCUGGACGAGAUGAUUCCCAGAUUGAUUCUAUUUAUUACAGGUUUUUCGAUAAUGAAACAGAUUUUUUGGUUUCGAACGAUCUAGAAAACGCGUUGAAAGUCUUUGUGAAAAAUCCUUACAAAAACAAGGAUAUUCCUCCUACCACAUUCAUGCAAGCUGGUAUUUUCUCUUUGUCUUCAACUAAAGCAUGGGAAAACAAAAUGGUUACCAGUCCAUGGUAUGUUCAAGGGAAGGAUGUUUCCAAGAAAGAUUUUGAUGGAACAAUCCUUCCAAGCGGAUUAUUAAACGUCAGCAAAGAAAAAAACUAUCUACCACCUUGUCAAAUGGUUAUGGGUGCUGGACUACUUUUUGUUGCUAAUACUGAAACUUUUGAAAAGUAUAGAGAUAACAAAGAAGCACGUGAUAAGGAGCUCGAGCUUGUUUCCUUUGAUCGAGGCGCAGGUUAUUCGAGUAAAAUCCAGGAAUUGAAAUCCAUGCUGCAAAAAUUGGAGGAUCAAGAGAAGUCAUCCAAAGAUUCAAGAAAAUCUACCGAAAGUAUGAUGGAAGCGUCAAGUGAAAAUGAAUCUGAAUCCGACCAUCAGCUUUUUGAAGAUAACUUGGCUACCCCGCCUUCUCCAUCUCAGCAAACUCAGUCCAAAAUCAGAGGAAAGAAAAAUAAGCUGAAAAGGAUCAAAGAGAAAUACGGAGAGCAAGAUGAAGAAGAGAGAAAGUUGAGAAUGGCUGUGCUUGGUACCUUAAAGCAAGUCGAACAGCAAAAAAGUCCAAAAGAGUCUCUCGAUAGUAAAGAGAUUAAUGAUAGAAUGAGUGCUGCGGCUAAAAAAGACAGGAAGAGACAACAACAAAUCAAUCAGAUUAGCAAACUAAUUGAUGAAUUAGAAAGCAAAACAGAUGACGUGGAAGCCGCUGAUGAUAAAGACAAUAACGUCAAUCAAUACGCAAAACAAAUCAGCAGUAUCGAAAACUAUCAUAUCAACAUAACAGGUCUUUUGUCGUCUCCCAAUAAAACUGACAAGGUCACGGAUUGUAUUCCUGUGUUUGCUCCAUGGAGUGCAUUGAACAAAUAUGCUUACAAAGUUAAAUUACAACCAGGGAACUUGAAGAAAGGAAAAACCGUCGCCGACAUCACCGAGGUCUUUAAAAGACACACUAAAGAACUAAAAGAAGAAGAGUCUGACUGGCUUGAUAGUGGUAACUUAAUUGAUCUCAUAAAUUUGCAAGACUUCAUGAUGAUAUUGACUGCUUCUAAGUUCAAAGUUGGAAAUGGAAAUGGACGUGAUUCGGCCAAGUCUACUAGCAAAAAUAGUAAUUCUAACAGCUCCAAGUCCAAAAGUGCCAAAGGAAAAGGUAAAAAAAAGUAA